CCGUCCUAUCAAUGUGCGGGGCAGCGCACAACGUCAGGCGGACCGAUUCCCUGCGUCUGCCAGUCCCGCCACAGAUUCAUUUGGGAUCCUCAAACAGAUGAGCCCGUAGAGACGGGGGAUCAAGGCGGCCUAUUAGAGCCAAUUGCCUGCUUCGGGGACUGCCAGCCCUUCCAGGCCUGGCAACGCGGGAGGGUGGGGAAAGACGACGGAGCGCCGCUGCGGGAAGACACUGAAGCCAGAGCGACACUCAUCCCCCCCCCCCCCAACCUUACAGCGCAGGCUUUGAAAGCUGCUCCCCCAUCUGAAUGGAAACUCAGAACCGCCGGGCGGCGCGUUCCUUCUCGCCCAGCGUUGCGAUCCAUGCCGAGGGGCAGGUAGUGCGAGUCCGCGCCAGCGCCCAGCUCCCGGGACAGGGCCGGCAAUGCUGCUGAGCAGAACUUGACCGAGCCCCUUCCUCGCUGCUAGUGGAAGCGAUGCUGCACGGCACAGCCAGCGCUUCCCAGGCUCUCCUUCAAGCUGAAGGUUACCCACCCGCGCAGCCAGCCCCAGCCCUGUGAGCGCCGCGCCUCGGUUCCCGGCUCCGGCUGCUUGGCGGCACGCAGGGCAACGACCGGGCCGCCCGCGCCGGGGCGCACUGCACCAGCGGCUUCGGCUUGGUGGAUGUGUAUGCAUGAGUUCUGCACCGAAUGGGCGCAAAAAGCGCCCCAGCCGGUCCACCCGCUCCUCGAUCUUCCAGAUCAGCAAGCCCCCGCUGCAGAGCGGGGAGUGGGAGCGCAGGGGCAGCAGCUCCGAGAGCGCCCACAAAACCCAACGAGCCCUGGACGACUGCAAGAUGCUUGUCCAAGAGUUCAACACUCAAGUGGCCCUGUACCGAGAGAUGGUCAUUUCUAUCGGGGAUGUCUCUGUCAGCUGCCCCUCACUCCGGGCGGAAAUGCACAAGACCAGAACCAAAGGCUGUGAAAUGGCCCGCCAGGCACACCAAAAACUUGCUGCCAUCUCAGGCCCGGAAGAUGGUGAGAUCCAUCCAGAAAUCUGUCGGCUUUAUAUCCAGCUGCAGUGUUGCUUAGAAAUGUACACAACAGAGAUGCUCAAAUCCAUAUGUCUGCUGGGGUCUCUUCAGUUUCAUCGAAAAGGAAAGGAGCCUGGUGGGGGAACCAAGAGUUUGGACUGCAAAAUUGAGGAGAGUACUGAAACACCUGCUCUAGAGGACUCCUCAUCAUCCCCUGUAGAUAUUCAGCAACAUUCCUGGCAGGUUUCCACAGACAUUGAGAACACUGAAAGAGACAUGCGAGAAAUGAAAAACCUUUUAAGCAAACUCAGGGAAACUAUGCCUUUACCAUUGAAAAAUCAAGAUGACAGCAGCCUUCUAAAUCUAACUCCCUACCCCCUGGUUAGAAGACGGAAGAGAAGGUUCUUUGGGCUGUGUUGUCUUGUCUCAAGCUAGGCAACUCCUCCUGGAAACCCACCAAUGCGAAGACCUGAAAAUAUCACAGAACCUGAGGACCUCCAGACAGCUGAACCACAAUUAUUGGUUUUUGACUAUGUUUUCUAUGCUUCCUUAUUACUUUUAUUCGCCUCCCUCUACCCUUUUAAAUGAUUUUACAUGUGAAAGCAGCUGCUGUCAAGGGGGGUAAAAAAGAUUCAAAAAGCAGGCUGUUUUUAAAAGGAUUUUUAAAGCUGACAUUGUGCAUGUCUGCUCCAAACCAUACCAUGACAGAUGCGAGAAUUAUGGUUUUUAAAUUAUUUAAAGGUUUUUUUUAAAUGUAUCAUACAGAGAAAAAUUAUUUCAUGUAUAAUAGUAUAUCUUUAGCUCUUGCUGAUCUCAUGUUAACAAUUUAUCAUAUAUGAAAGUCUUUAAACAUAGAAAUCUCUCUAAAAUUGCAAAACUGUGUUCAAAAAUCCAAUCUAUCAAUAUUAUUAGAGAUAAUAUUAUAAUCAAACAUAUACCACCUCACCUAUUGCUUUGUCUGUGCUCAUUCACAUCUAGUCUUCCAUUCUGUCGGAAUCCAAGAGCUUCUACAUAAAAACAUCUUAAUUUAUAAUGCAACAAAAACCAUAUAUGGAAAGUAUUUAAAUUUUGUAAAUACACAAUUAUCCUAAUACCUUCGUACAAUGCAUAUGGGCAACUAAUUUCCUUUUGAUCCAAUGGUGUCUUUUUCAGCUUCUUGGAGAAUGAAGUAAUCCAGUUAGAAAAUGGUGUAGUAACAUAUACAAUUACCCUCAAAUGUAAAAUUGAGUAUUAUCACAUUUUGUUCUAAUUGAAAUCUGAAGCAUGAUGUCUGCACAGCAGCAUAGUGUUAAAUCUUAUAGGGCAUGCCGGAAUUAGCUCAGAUCGUAAAAAUAUUUAACAUUUUCUGUUAAUAAAAUCUUUUUAGUUAAGCUAAGCUUGUCUCAUAUUAGAUGACUAUGCAGAUAUGACUUUUCCGAUGUGUACUUGGUGUCUUGUCUUAUGCUUAGAAUCUUGAAAGCAGGACACAUUAAGCAAUACUAUAUUUUAGAAAGGAGGAAGCCACACGCUUCGAUUUUCUGCUCACAGUUUUGUUAUGAUCUUCCUCACUAAACCUGUAACAUGGUACAAAAUUUGUUAUAUUGUCCCCUGUUCUUCCUUGGCCCGUUUCCCAAACAGAAUUUUCCAUGGGUUGAGAGAUCAGGCCUUUGGACUUUUUUUCUUGCUUUCCAAAAUCUAAAUGACCCUAAAGAAGGACAAGAAGCAACCAGUGUCUAGUACAAUAAAAGGAUGGGCUAGAUGCCUAUAAGUGGUUUAUUCAAGAUGCAUUUUUAAUCCCAACCCUAUACUUUCUCAGUACUUAAGUGCACAGGCAUUUAUAGGUCCACCAAUAUUUUGACCUAACAACUAAAUUUAUUAAAGCUGUUAGCUUUACUGAAGAUGAAGAUAGGUAUAUAUGAAAUAGUGGACUGAUUAUUGUACUAGGUUGAACCAUAUGAAAUUGCUGGCAAUGGACUGUUUUGACCUAUAAAAAUAGCAAUUUCAUAUGGUUCAACCAAAUAUCUGAUGUUGUGAAAAUUAUACUUGGAAUUGUCUUCUAGCAUUUGUGAUUGAAAGCGAACAGAUUAAAGGGUUGGAAGAGAUCUCAAAA